GGUGUUCACAAUGCUCUUCUCUGGCCAAGCGGUGACUAUUUUUAACACUGACGCGUUCCAGAUGCACUCCAGAAGAGGCGCUGCCCCGCCAGCCGUUCCCGGAAGAGAAGCGCCUGUCAGAGCCCAGUUAGUAAGACAGUGUAAAUAGUUUAUUGGUUUUGAUGUUUUUCUUUUUUUGAAAGUACAGAUGUUUUUGCACAAGUUAGUGUUUUAAAUGGGCAGGGGCUGAAGAGGACGAAGGGUACAGAGGGGUAGGUCACUGCUACACAGAUACACCAGACGCAUGAGUUUGGGGCUGGUCGGCCCAUCAGGGGCCAGUUACAGAACCAUCAAAAUGAACCAAAAUUCACUGCAACCUGAGAGCACUUCUUGGACAUGGAGCCAAAUGGGCUUCCCCACGGCUGAGCUGGGUGCCCCUGGCAGCGUAGGCAGGCAGCAGCCAAGGGAAGAGCAGCACCAAUCUGACAGGCCUCUGCACACUGAUUGCCAGCAAGGGAGGCAGCCGUGUGUUGGGAGUCCCUGUGGUCUGGGGUGUCCAUAAUGACUCUCUCCACUGCCAAGUCCCCUCCUCUGUCUCACCCAUGUCACCUUCUCUGGAGAGCUGGAGAAACUGGGACCAGUUCCACAGCGGUGGAACUUUGCAACUCCAGUGGGGCUCUAGGUACCCCAGCUGGGGAUCUGCCCCCUGACUCCUACGAAGCAAUACAGAUUUACACCAGCUGGGGAUCUGGCUCCCCUUCUCCCCCCAUAGAGCAAUACAGAUUUACACCAGCUGGGGAUCUGGCCUGACUCCAAUAGAGCGAUGCUGUUUUCCAUGAGCUGGGGAUUGGUCCCGCAAUUGCUGAUCCCUAGUGGGUGAGUUACCCCGCUGCAUGUGUGAGUACUGGCCAAGAACCCCGGGUUUAACCUCACCAGUCUUGCUUCCCAGCAGAGUAACUGGAACCAGUGACCAGGUGGCGGUGGAGUUUCCAUCACCAAUGGAUUUUAAAGCAACGCUAGAUGGCCACAAUGAUCCCUCUUCUCGUGGGAUGAGGGAUCUGUAAUUCCUGAUCAUCUCCUUCAUUCGGUCUUCUACGCUCUCUGCUUCCAGCUGGUAAGUGGGAGCUGUUAAUGCCCCAACAGCCCAGUGGCUUCCCAGCAUCUAUUAAAGAGCAGGCUGAUGGCACAAGGCGGACAAACAGAAGUGACAGAAACAGAUGUUUUUGCUCUUACAUGUGGAGGCUCCCCUGACAGCAGUGUCACCAGACGUGCUUCCUAGAGGUGGAUUUGAACCCAAGUCCUGGCUCCAAGUGCCUCCUGGGGGGAGUCCAGCCUGAACUUUAAGCCUCUUUUAUCUCCCCUUCACUGUUUCUCUCUGAGUCCUGAACUCAAGACAUUAGUAGCAGUUUGAAGUCUGCUCUGAUCAUCCCCAAGGGACACCUGAGGCAAGUUCCUUCCCCUCUCUGGGUCCCAGUCCCCCACCCCUCCAUUAUGUCUGUCUAGCCGUAACUCUUUGGGGUAAGGACGGUCUCCUACCAAGGUCAUGUUCUGUGCUGUAACAUUCUCACACAGAGGAUGAACCCUCCCGCCCAGAGCAGCAGGAUACAGCCUGCAAAGCGCCAGCAAGACCAUGCUCCCAGCGCUAGGAGCUGUGCUCCUCAUGAGGGUGAUUUCCCUAGAGCGCUGUGGGGUCUUGCCCAGCCCUGGUGCUGGGACCACACUAACCUGCUGCUGGGAUCGAUAAGGCCUCAGUGUGUUUGAGCAACACCCAUCUUAUUCGGAGCCCUUCAGCACUGUCAGAUACACCUAAGAGUUCAUCCAGCACAUCCCACAGCGUUUUCCAAACAACAGCCCAGCCAUCCCAUCACUGGUUGGGGAAACUGAGGCAAAGGAAGUGACUCACACUGUUCAAUCUGGAGCCCAAGCCAGGAUUGGAACACCAGAGACCCUGGGCUCCCAGACCAUACUCUACCCACUAGGCCAGGCUUCUCCCACCCUAAAGGGCAGGAUCCAGGUAAAGCACCCAGGAGCCCACUAUACCCUAGCUAUGCCUCACUGGCGCUGCCCACGGCCCUGGCUGUGCUGAGCGAAGGCUCACCACAGUGGAUCAGCCCAACGACCCAUCCUGUUCUGUCUCCAACUGGCCUGUCCCAGCUGCCUCAACACUUGUAGCAGGCAGGCAAUUGAAGAAGCAGCAAAGGGAGCAAAGCCGCCAGGUUCAGGGCAGCUGGGGGUAGUGGAAAGGUCUGGCUGAGGUUAGCCCGUGGCCUGAUGAGUUGUACUUAGGCUACUGCUGGGAGGAGGCAGGCAUGUGUCACCAAGCAGACGUGCCCUGCCGUCCCGGAUGCGGCCGGUCGGAUCUGCACAGCUGCAGCCUACUACAGAGCACAGAGCAGGCCAACUUUUGGCACCUUGUUUUAGUUGCCACUCAAAAUCCGUACAGGAGAAAACCGAGCAGACCCCAGCCUGAGUCGCUCGAGAAGGGCCUUGCCAGAGCCGCGGGGGGUGGGGAGUGCAUUGCCCCUUUAAAUGCAGUGCAGUUUGCUAUAAUCAGAAUCCAAACCCCUUCCCUAAGCCCCAGUAGCCAGCCCUGCAGGUGGGACGUACAGGUGUCUGUGAUGGAGCCGACAGCAACACGCCCUUCAACGGGCAGGCCAGGGGACCAUCCAAACCGCUUUCUCCAGCGCCUUAGGCUUUGCAACACUCAGCCACGUGUACGAGCCAUCAGAGUCCCCGAAGCCCCCUUGCAUGGAGAGCCUGGGAAGGAACCGGUGGCUGAACUGGUCCUGUCUGGGGGAUGGAAGCCAGCCACAGCCUUUCCCCAGUGCAGCAGCCCUCUCGAGGAGUCAGCUCAUGGCAUCUGCAGGGAAUGCUGCUCAUCUCCUCCCUCCUGGCACAGCACUUGGGACGCUGUGCUGGCUCUGAGAGCUAAUUCCUUAUGGGGGGAAUGGGCGGGGAGCUGGGACUCGACACCUGACUGCUCAUGGGUAGCGGUGGACGUGGACAGGCAUCUGGGGCCCAGUUCCGCCAUUACUGACUGCAGUGCGAGCCCCAGAAACCACUGGGUGGGCGUAAGUGGAGCAGGCUUCCCGCCCAGCAGAGCAGGCGACUGUCUGCUUCCCGCGGCCCAGCCAUGCCCCAGCCUUUGCAAGGCAGGACCUCUCUGCUGGAAUGCGACAAACCUGCCCGAGGGGACUGAGUCGGGGGCCCUGACUGAAGCCAAACUCCCGGCGGAGUCAGAGAGCCGGAGCCAGAGGUGGUGACGGGUUUGGGAAGGUUCCUCGGAACGUACGCAGCAAAGCUCUGACUUCAAAGCCAUGUUGUGCCUAAGUGCUGAGGGCCAGAUCGCCAGUGGGUGUAAAUUAGUGUCACUCUGUGGAGCCGCAGGCUAACCCCGGGUGUGCACCCAGCUCAGUGGGGCCCUGCUGCUUUGCACUAGCUCCGGGGCUGGAAUCUCCCGCUGUGGCCCAGCACCGCUCCUAGUCCUUUGGAGCCUUUCCUUAGGCAAAGCUCUCCGGCCUGGAUGGGGGAAGGCCGAGCCCAGGAGGGUAGCGGGACAAUUUGGAUCAGUUACGCCAGCGUCAAGCCCACUGAAACCAAUGGGGGAAGGAGCAUUUCCAGCGGGGCCCUGCCCCCGGGCCGCGCUCGGAGCUGGCGCGACACAGAAUACAUCCAUCGAACACCAAGGUGGUGCACGCGGCCUCCGUGCCCAGUACACGGGCUCACAAGCCAUCGGCUCUUGGAACAGUCCCCAGUGCAGCAAGCAGCACCGGGCCGGCCAAGGCAGCGGCAGAGC